AUGUACAAGUUCAGAAAACAUGUUAACCAUAAAGGGCCACCUACUGCACUCCCUCCUCUGUAUAAAUAUGAGGACAGUUGCAAGCAGUGCCACACUUGCCUGUCUGCUUUUGCUCGUGUGGUGAUGGUGGCCGUGAUGGCGAUGGUGUACGUUGCUGCGGCUGGAGGAGGAUAUGGUAGUGGUGGAGGAGGCGGUGGAGGGGGAGGGAGAGGUGGAGGAGGAGGAAGAGGUGGUGGUGUUGGUGGAGUAAGUGGUGGAUUUGGUGGAGGAAGAGGAGCUGGCGGAUUCGGAGGCGGCAACGCACUUGGCGGUGGCGGCGGUGGCGGCGGAGGAGGAGGAGGAUACGGUGGAGGUCGCGGCAGCGGCGGCGGAGGCGGAAGUGUGCUCCCCGCAGUUUUCCUUGGAAGUGGAAAGCUCUCUGGCGGUGGAGGCGGUGGAUUCGGAGGAUUCGGAGGUGGUGGCAGUGGAGGCGGCGGAUUCGGAGGCAGCGGCGUUGGGGCUGGUGGAUUUGGAGGAGGAUAUGGUAGUGGUGGAGGAGGCGGUGGAGGUGGAGGGAGAGGUGGAGGAGGAGGAAGAGGUGGUGGUGGUGGAGGAGGCAGGGGUGGUGGAGGAGGGUUUGGUGGAGGACAGAGUGGAGGGUCAGCAGGAGGCGGAUUUGGAUUUGUUGGUGGAGUAAGUGGUGGAUUUGGUGGAGGAAGAGGAGCUGGUGGAUUUGGAGGCGGCAACGCACUUGGCGGUGGCGGUGGUGGCGGCGGAGGAGGAGGAGGAGGGCCGUCUUGGAAGUGGAAAGCUCUCUGGCGAGGGGAAAAAAAAGAGUUCAAGUUCAGAAAACAUGUUAACCAUAAAGGGCCACCUACUGCACUCCCUCCCCUGUAUAAAUAUGAGGACAGUUGCAAGCAGUGCCACACUUGCCUGUCUGCUUUUGCUGGUGUACCUGCAGGAUAG